CCCGAGCGUGGAGCUGGGGGUGUGGCGCAGCGAGGCCGCGCGGCAAGCAGCCCUCCCCGCGGCGUGGCACGUGCAGCUGCAGCCGCAGUCGGACUAGCCCGAGCCGCCAAGGGCACAGUCCGGGCCCCGCCGCUGUUGAAGAAGUACAGGAGGAAAGACUCUGACGUUCCUGUGGAACCUUCGGAGAAGGCCAAAGAGCAGCAGGCGGAAGCAGAGCUGCGGAAGCUAAGGCAGCAGUUCAGGAAGAUGGUGGAAAGCCGGAAGUCUUUUAACUUCCGAAACCAGCAGAAGAUCGAGAGUCAGUACAAGGAGAUUAAGACCCUGAAGGCAGAGCAGGAUGAGCUCACCCUACUGCUGAGUCUCAUGAAAUCCUCGAGGAACGUGAAUCAGAGUGAGAAGGACUACACGGAGCUGCGUUUCCUGCUGCAGGCCAAGGAGGACUACGAGGCCUUGAUCAAAUCCAUGAAAGUGCAGUUGGCUGACCUGGAUGAGAAGAUUGUUCAGAUGGAAAAAAAAAUUGCAAACCAAAAACAGAUUUUCGCAAAAAUGCAGGAAGCCAAUAACCCACGGAAACUGCAGAAACAGAUCCACAUUUUGGAAACCCGUUUGAAUCUCGUCACUGUUCACUUUGACAAGAUGCUGACGACGAAUGCGAAGCUCCGGAAGGAGAUUGAAGACCUACGAUUUGAGAAGGCUGCUUAUGACAAUGUCUACCAGCAGCUCCAGCGGCGCCUGUUAAUGCAGAAGAAAACCAUGAACUUGGCCAUUGAGCAAUCUUCUCAGGCCUAUGAGCAGAGGGUGGAGGCCAUGGCUCGAAUGGCUGCCAUGAAGGACCGCCAGAAGAAGGACAUCUCUCAGUACAACCUGGAGAUCCGAGAGCUGGAGCGUCUCUACGCCCACGAGAACAAGCUCAAGUCCUUUCUGCUCGUCAAGCUGAAUGACCGCAGUGAAUUCGAGGAGCAGGCCAAAAGGGAGGAAGCUGUCAAGGCAAAGAAGCAUGUGAAGAAGAGCACGGGAGAGAGUUUUGAGAGUUACGAGGUGGCCCACCUGCGGCUGCUGAAGCUGGCGGAGAGCGGGAACCUGAACCAGCUCAUUGAAGAUUUUCUGGCCAAGGAGGAGCAGAAUUUUGCUCGGUUCACGUAUGUCACGGAGCUCAACAACGACAUGGAGAUGAUGCAUAAGAGGACCCAGCGAAUCCAGGACGAGAUCAUGCUCUUGCGAUCCCAGCAGAAAUCAUCCCACGAUGACAACCGCUCUGUCCUGAGACAGCUGGAGGAUAAACUGAAGAAGACCACGGAGGAGGCAGAUAUGUAUGAGAGCAAGUACAGGGAGGUCAGCAAGACCUUGGAGCUACUCAAGAACUCGGUGGAGAAACUGUUCAAGAAGAUAAACUGUGAUGCCACCGAGAUCCGGGUGCAGUUAGGGGAGACGGGGGAAGUCACCAACACCAACCUUCCGCAGUAUUUUGCCAUCAUUGAAAAGAAGACCAACGAGCUGCUGCUGUCGGAGACCUACAGGCGCAUCCUGGAAGUGGAAGGGGCAGAGACCGAGGUCCCGCCACCCUUCGUUAACCCCUUCUGGGGCGGCUCCGCCCUCCUCAAGCCCCCAGAACCCAUCAAAGCCAUCCCCCCGGUGCUGGGGGCCGACCCCUUCAGCGACAGGUUGGAAGAUGUGGAACAGCCCCUGGACCACAGCAGCCUUCGGCAGCUGGUGCUCGACAAUUACAUCCUGAAGGAGAAUCGGAUGAAGGAGUCGCGCGGAGACAGCCUGCCGGAGAAGGCGGACGAGCUCAGGGCCAGGAAGAGGGUGACCCUGUGAGGCGCAGGGGCCGGGCUGCCUGCACCAUAACCGAAAGAAUAAACGUUGUGUUCUGUA